UAUUGCUGAUGUUGAUAGUAGCUUCUCUUUUCACUCUCAAAACAGGAAACCCCCACUUCCUUGCAAUUCAGGUUAAAGAUUCCCACCACUCAUUCUCUUAAUCAUACAAAACACACUGGGCCAGUUACUUCUUCGUCUCCAUUUUACAAUCACUUGCUCAGUUUUCCUUCACUUUCCUUUAUUUUCCAUGAUUCUUUCUUCUAUUUCUAGUGAUCGAUUUUCAGUACAACUCUAGGAUGUCUCUUCACAACAUUGCUUCUGAAUGUGUCUGCUACGUUCACUGCAACUUCUGCAACACAAAUUUAGUGGUGAAUGUUCCGGGGAAUAUCACGGUCAAUGUUGUGACUGUCAAGUGUGGGCAUUGUUCAAAUUUAUUGUCUUUGAACACAGAAGCUUUGCCACAGAAUACUCAUAAUCUGCAAAAUGUUCUUAAGCAAAAUAUAUUUUAUCAAGAUUUAAGUGAGGAAUCUGGAUCUUCCAAGUCCACUGAAGUUUCUGCAUCAGAUUCUUCAUCUGAAAAUGAACAUCCCAGAACUCUUUCAGUACAUGCAGGCACAAUGGGGAAAAGGCAACGUGCUCCUUCAGCAUAUAAUAAAUUUAUCAAGGAGGAAAUUCGAAGAUUAAAGAUAAAUAAUCCUAAAAUUACCCAUAAAGAAGCCUUCAGCACUGCUGCCAAAAAUUGGGCGCAUCUCCCUCACACCGACUUUGGGUUAACCCUCAACGGUAACAUUAAGGAGAUAGAGGGGCAAGGAGCUUAAGGUGCCUCCAUGCAUGCUACUCUUUAACUUAUUUACUAUAUUAAAUAUUCAUGUGUACUCCAUAUAAACAGCUAUUACCGAUUUUAUGAAAAAAGAAAAUUUAUCUAAAUUAAA